AUGAUCAACAAGCGCGACAUGUUCAAGUGUGUAUUGUAAGUUCAUCAUGAAUACUUUAAGCAAUUGAUGACUUAACUUUCUGACAUUGUUUCAGGUACUUCUUCUGUUUUGUUUUCGCCGUUUUUGGUGGAGUCCAAGCCCAGCCAGCUGCUGUAAGUCAUUUCCUUAUAAUCCUUGGCUACCCUUCUUAUUUUAUGCCCUUAUACUUAAUUUACUAAAUUUCAAAUCAUAUUUUAGUGGCCUGCCACCAGUUACUCUCCCUACUUCCAAAAUCUGUUCGCCCAUGCCAGUGCCCCAGUCCAGUCCCUUCCAUCUGGGCCAGGCGCUCAAGCCCCGGCGAUUCCAGUUGGAUUGAACCCCCCGGCCGCUUUCACCCCUCCUUUGGGCCGUCGUUAA